GCCUGAACGACAGAACGACCCAGACUCAUUCCCGAGUUAGAAGGCCCCACUUUCUCGAUUGUGGGGGCCGUUGUUGGUUCGAGACCCCCCUUAAUUAGUUUUCAAUUCGCCACCAUCCGAGUGUCAUCUCGUGUUAACAGUGUAUUGACGUCUCUCGUUAGACGUCGUUUGUUCAGUGAGUAAGAAAAGGAAAUCUAAGAAAGUAUUUUGGCGCCCAAUCGGCCGAGUUCUGCUCGGGCUUUGGAAAAAGAAAACAAAUCAACGAAAAUCCCUUCGUUUCCAACAUGGCGACUCGCGCUCCAAAGGAAAAGAGGCGGAACUCUGAGAAGCGCAAGGAGAAAUCCCGUGAAGCUGCACGCUGUCGUAGGAGUAAAGAAUCGGAGAUCUUUACCGAUAUGGCCAAUCUACUCCCCGUACCCAGUAGUCUCAGCUCUCAAUUGGACAAGGCUUCUAUCAUGAGGCUGACUAUUGCUUUUCUCAAAGCACAGUCUCUCCUUGGCAACAGUGUCCAAGAACUGUGCAGUCUGUGGAAUGAAGACAAAUGCUCGAUGGCUGAUGCUUGUUGGCCCCAAGCACUGGGGGGCAUGUUAUUGGCUCUAUCGUCCGAAGGGGAUAUCAUCUACCUGACUGAGAACGUAACCCAGCAACUGGGUCUUCCACAGGUGGAUCUGAUUGGGCAAAGCAUUUACGACUAUUGCCAUCCGUGCGAUCAUGAUGAACUUCGCGAAGUGCUUUCGCUCCGUCCCGAUGGUGAAUUAGCGCGCUCCUUUUUCCUCCGCCUCAAGUCGACAUUAACGGCUAAAGGACGGAGUAAUAAUAACCUGAAAGCCGCCUCUUACAAAGUUAUGAACUGUUCGGGGCGCAUUGUUCUGGCGACGGCGUCAAGUGUUCGAAACAGCUUUUCUCAAGAAGGAGCUUUCAAUGAAGAUGAUGACCUAGCAACUGAAGAUGAUUUGGAAGUGGAAAAGGCCAUCAAGUCUCCUACUAGCCAUUUUUUGGUGGUGGUCGGCGAUCCAAUCCCGCACCCAUCCAACAUCGAAAUGCCAUUGGACAGCUACACUUUUCUCACCAAACAUACUUUGGACAUGAAGUACACUUACGUCGAUGAAAAGAUCUACGAAUUUUUGGGUUACAUGCCGGAGGAUUUAGAAGGCCAUUCAGCGUACCAAUUACAUCAUGCGCAGGAUAAUGAAUCCAUUCUCAAAAGUUACAAAACGAUGUUCACGAAAGGACAGAUUCAAACUCCGCCGUAUCGAUUUUUGGCAAGACAUGGAGGUUAUGCUUGGGUGCAGACUCAAGCAACUCUUGUUUACGGUAAUCGAGAUUCCAGACCGCAAGCAGUGGUGUGCGUGCAUACUUGUUUGAGUGAAAUUGAGGAUGGGGAUCAAAUCCUCUUCGUCAGUCAAGCUGAAGCAUCAGCCACUGGUCUGGUUCAACGCCCAUUGGUUGCGGCUCCUGCGCCAUCACGAAAGAUGCCCAACGAAUGGCUGCCGCAAAAUAUGACAUCAAAGCUAUUUGUACCUAAAACGGCUGAAAUGGACGAAGGUUUCCUCAUCUUCGACAAACUCAAAGGCACCACUAUUUUGAAAGAGGAGCCUGAGGAUUUGACACAUUUGGCCCCCGUUGCUGGGGACAGUUGCAUCCCAUUAGACAUGCCGUCAAUCGCUUUUCCUAGUGACCUUUUCGACGUUGAGCAACUGACGCCCGAGUUUUUCGAUUGUCUGCCGCUGACGGGAUUUGAUAUUCCUUUGCUGAUUGAACCCGAGGAAUUAAUCGAGGCCGAUGACAAUGGUGCAAUUGAGCCAGCGGACUUUUCCGCUCCUCCAGUGUCAAUCAAAAAAGAAGAUCCAUUCAUUUUCUUCGAUGGUCAAUCGGGCACUCCCCUGGUGAAUAGUUCAAGCAACUUGUCGUCUCCUAUGCCAUCAAUCUCAUCGGUCAAGGGGGAUUACGACGAAGAAUUCCCGAUAGAAUCUUCGCCUAUUCCGUCGUUUAUGGAUGAGACAUUUAUGGGCGGAUGUUCAGUGCAGAAUUUGAUAUCUCCGAUCGAAGAUGAAGAAGAGCUGGAUCGAAGAGCUCCUUACAUUUCCAUGAGUGGGAGCGACGAUUUGCCCUUGUUUGAUCCAUCAGAGUUGUUUAGUGGCUUGGAUUUGGAGUGUUUACCGAUGCAGAAAUGUGAUUUGGAUUUUGGCGAAACCGAUCAAUCUGUUCUCGUCAAGCUAUUACAACAAAGUGGUGGUCUGCCAAAGAUGGCUGGCCCUCCGCCAACUACAUUUGACUCUCUGCCACUUUUAUUGAAAGGCACUACAAAUAUGGCGCCUACAUCCGUGUAUCAUCAAGCUCAGAAGCGCUCUAGUAUGGGCCCUGCCGACGAUUCGAAUCCAAAGCGAAUGAAAGCCCCGACUUUGAAGAUGCCAAAUAGUGGACCUCUGGCUACCCGAGUAACCCCAUUGAAACCGUCAAGGGGCGCCACGUCGAGCCUAAUGGAUUUGUUAACGGAGAGGCCUACGGGCCAUUCGCAGCAGCACUUGAGCAAUCAAACGUCCAGCGUUCUCCAAAACUUACUGGUCAGUGGUCAUGACUUACAAACCGGUCACGAUCUGCAGAAGAGGCACUUUUCCUGCAAAGCUGUCACCUCUUCUUGCUUUGUUUCUCUUCUUCCUUCUUCUCCUCGGCUUUCAUUGGAAAAGGGCCAGCCAUUGCUGAAGAAGCAAAUGAUGAUGCAGCGGGAACACGAUUACGGUGGUGGACUCGAUUCGUCAAGUGACACGGGGAGUGACUCGGACACGAAAGUCCGUCAUCCGAGAGCGUUCAGCUGUUUGAACACUUUCCCUUUUGAUAUGGAUGUGUCGCCGUGUUCAUCGGUUUCGCUCGACAUUGACUCUAGCGAUUUCUUUGACACGUUAAAUUUGUCCGCCGAAUUCGUUGCUACGGACGGUGCAACCGAGUGAUUUACAUACCAAAAUCUCUCCACUCGUUAAAAGCACGAUUCAAAUGAUCGUUUCGAUGGGGAGUUUUUUUUUUUUUUUCAAUCGUUUUUGGUCGCUACCAACCUGCUCAAUCUUGGGGGAAAUCAUUUUCAGGCAUAAGAACGACUGUUCGCAUCUAGCAAAACGGUAGUCGAAGGAGAGCCGCCUUUGCAUUAUACAAGCUGGAGAUUCUCCGUAGGUCUAAAUGGCGUGUAAUCUGUUAUCUUUUUCUUUUUUGGUUUAUAAUUCCUUUCAUCCUCUUUUUUUUCCCUCUUUUGUAGCUCGCUUAUUAAGUUCUUGCCGGUGUCUUUUUUUUUCUUAAAAAUCAAUUUUAAUCGGUAAAUUUGUCAAGCAGAAAUUCAAUUCAAAUAGCGCACUUUUGAUUUGGUUCACACACCACCACAUCUAAGAGAAUGAAGAAAAGAAAAACAAACCUGGUUCAUUGUUUGAUCAUCUUGAUAUAUAUGUUGGAUGACUGCAAUGCUUAUAUGCUUAUUUCCCCGUUCGUCCCUCUGCCCGUCUUUCGAUGUCUCCCCUCUAAUUGGGUUGAUGUUAACACCAUUUAGAUGUCUUCGUUUCUUGUUUAAAUUUUUCUCUCCUACGCAGACAAACAUAACCUUAAUAUUUCUUUUUCUUUACUGGGUUAUAUAAUCAAGAAUCGACAGACCGAUCCCCCCAAUGACUUGCGACAGGUAAAAAGAAAAAAAUAGCAGACGCCUUUAAUACAUUACAUGCUUAUUAUCCACACAUAUAUAAAUACCGACUUUCCAGCCACAUCCACUCUUUAAGGUUUAGCUUUUUUUUUUUAAUUAUUAUUAUUACUAUUUUAGAUCCGUACCUCAAAUACUUAUAAUCGUAGCCUAUAGAUGGGGCUCAUGGUAUAUUUUCUUUUUUUUUUUCGAUUAUAAUUUUUUUUUGCCAGUUUAUCAACCGAGUUUUCUUUAUUAAUAUUUUCACUCGUCUCUUAUUGUCACGUCAUUUUCCUUCUAGAUUCUGUUGCAUUUUCCGUUUCUCACGACCCAUAUUCAGAAAAGACCACAUAUAUGUUUGUAAAGUAGGAGAGAGAAAAAAAUAUCUAUCAGAGAGGAGAAGUGACUGUUUCCCCGUUUAGUGUUGACUUUGUCACCCUCCAAAAAAAAACUGUUGCCCUUGUAGAUUUGAUGAAGAAAAGAAAAAGUUGUUAACGAAAGGCAGAGACUAGUAAAAAGCAUAAAUAAAUAUACUCGGUGACUGCAAAAGAAUAA